UACGCACCGGUGACAGGCUACUCUAAGUAUUAAACGCAAUGACAUGAGCAAACCCCAGGAACUAUCCAAGUCAAACACAAAACCUGCUACUUUGAGUUAUUCAAGAUGGUUUUAGAAACUAUGUCAAGGAUAAUUAAAGUCCAGCUGCCAGCAUACCUAAAAAGGCUUCCGCUACCGGAGACGAUCACCGGGUUUGCAAGGUUAACAGUAUCUGAGUGGCUCCGGUUGCUGCCUCUCCUGGGUAUCCUGGCUCUGCUCGGCUACCUGACCAUCCGCCCAUUCCUGCCCAAGAAGAAGAAGCAGAGAGACUGCCUGAUCAACCUGAAGAUCCAGAAAGAGAACCCAAAAGUGGUCAACGAGAUAGACAUCGAGGACCUGAACAGUGCAAAUGUGUGUUACUGUCGCUGCUGGCGCUCCAAAACUUUUCCUGUCUGUGACAAGUCACACUUAAAGCACAACGAGCUAACUGGAGACAACGUGGGACCGCUCAUUCUCAAAAAGAAGAUACUGUGAUUGACCACUGAUGGGUGCGUCCCUAUCACCUCUCCAGAUUAUAGAUUUCUUUUGCAUUUCCUAAUAGUUUGUACACUUUAAUUCUUUCCAAGGAUCUGGGUGUUGCCUUAGUGUCAUGUUAGUGUUGGUCAGAAAAUGGACUCCCAGUCUCUUUUUUUUGAAAUGGUCCCCAACACACCUAAAAUACAAGCUUCCUGUCUGUUUGUGUGAGAAAAAAAAAAUGUAUUUAACGUUCUUUCAUGGCAAUAUGCAGUUCAUUGUUCAUUUUGUUUAGCAGAACAGCCUUUUUAUGUGUCUGUAAGUUCCAUUGGGUACAAACAAUUGGGACCACUUUGGGGGGGGGGGGGGGGGUGGAGGGGGGGCAUAAUGGUUGUGACUUUAUGAAGACUUUCAGUAAGCUAACUUAAAAAAAAAACCAACAUUUCCCCAGUUAAAUGGUUGUUAUUUUUGGCUGAAGAGAGACCUUAAAUGUUGGGGGGAUAAAGCGGGGGAUGUUAUGCAGCAAAGGGUCGAGGUUGGAUUCGAACCCACUGCUGCUGUGAUGAGGAGUUUAGCCUCCAUACAAGAGGUGCGCAACAUAACCACUAGCCCCUGUAAAUGGCCGUUUAAAUGGAAAAGAAAAAAACCUAAAUACUAGUAAAAAGCUGUUAUCAUUUUUUGUACUGUAUUCCUUCUUUUCUGCAGUUAUUAGAGUUUUUUCUUUGUCUUGUUUCAGGGACUCUGUGUGCCAAAUAUUAACAUACUUUCAGGAUGUGAAAUACUCUCUUCUAAGUUAUUCUGUGUGUAUCGGAGGUUACUUAUUUCUCUUCAGAUGUACUUUGUUCAAAGCCUUUAAUGUGUAAACAUUUCAAUCAACUGCACAUUGAGUAAUAUCCAGUUAUAUCCAGUUUAGUGCAUUACCUUGUUAAUAAGGACAUGUCAUUGAAUAUGUUUUUGUCGCCUCUGUAAUGUUAUAAUGGCUGUAUAUAUUUGUCUUCUGCUGGAUCUCUUCCCUUAUCUUUCAUCAGUGCUACUUUUAACCAUAAAUGGCCUUUAUUGUCGUA